AUGAAUUCAAAAAUUAAAGGAAUAACGGAUGAUAUAACAUCAAUUCCACCAGAAGAACAGAGAUAUUACGCAUUAAAUGCAUUUCCUAAAGUUUUGAAGAUUGGAAGAUUUAAUUUAAAUGAGGAAUUCAUAGAAGGUUUCCUAAACGACAUAAUGAAGAAGGUAGAUAAGGAAUACGUGGAUAGUGAGUUAAUGAAGAAGGCAAAUUUGGUUUAUGUAGAUGAAAAAGAUAAUGAAAUUAAAGAAAAGGUUGAAUGGUAUCAUGAAUGGACAUCGGAGACUUUUAAAGUUAAAGCUGAUACAGAAUGGGUUUCAGGAUGUUUAGACCUUAAAGCAGAUAAAACUUAUGUUGAUGAAAAAGAUAAUGAAAUUAAAGAAAAGGUUGAAUGGUAUCAUGAAUGGACAUCGGAGACUUUUAAAGUUAAAGCUGAUACAGGAUGGGUUUCAGGAUGUUUAGACCUUAAAGCAGAUAAAACUUAUGUUGAUGAAAAAGAUAAUGAAAUUAAAGAAAAGGUUGAAUGGUAUCAUGAAUGGACAUCGGAGACUUUUAAAGUUAAAGCUGAUACAGGAUGGGUUUCAGGAUGUUUAGACCUUAAAGCAGAUAAAACUUAUGUUGAUGAAAAUUAUGCAAAGAAGUCGGAAGUAAAUGAUGUGAUUACAAGCAUGAAAAAUGAAAUACUUCAAACAUUAUAUCCUGUUGGUUCUAUUUAUACGUCAAUGAAUUCAACAAAUCCAGAAACAGUUUUAGGUUUUGGUACGUGGAAGCAGAUUGUAGAUAAAUUCUUAUACUGUGCUAGAUAUUCAAAGCAAACAGGAGGUUCGAAGAAAAUUAAAGAAGCAAACCUUCCACCGCACACUCAUACAGGAACUACAAACUUUUCUGGCGACCAUAGCCACUCAUUAAGAGACCACCCAUUAUACAACUCAGAUUAUGAAGCUGGUUAUGAUGUUUUAUCUCCAGCUUAUAACAAUGCAGCAAAAAAGAUUUUUCGACCAACUGAACCGGGAGGAAAUCAUGUCCAUACUUUCACAACAAAUCCAACAGGCUUGGGUAAAGAUUACAUGCCACCAUUUGUGACUGUAUUUGCAUGGUACCGCGUUCAAUGA